AUGAUAUCGUAUUAAAUAAUAAAUAUUAAUGCUAAUGGUGAAACAUUGAUGAUAGAUGUAGAAUCAAAAUAAUCAUGGGAUUCUUGUAUAGCAAAUUUUUAAGCAUUAUAUAUAGAAGAAAUAAGCUCUAAAACUGGAAAUUAUAAAAAAUAUCCUACACUUAUAAAGAUGUUGUAAUCUGCAAUAAGAAAUUAGACAGAGACUUUUUAUAUUGAUAUUCUUACAUUUUAAGAUCUAGAGAAAAUCAAAAUUAAAAGACCUAAAUAAAAUUAAUAAUAGACUCUAUUACCAAAAAAUAAAUUUAUUUGA